AUGAGUCUGGACUCAGAGCACGACGGCUUCGAAGUCCACUACGUCAAGGGCUUCCCCUCACUGGCCCAAUUCAUCGCAAGGGACUACGACCACAGCACAUUCAUCCUCAAGCGCUUCGACGAACUCACCGCACGCAACCUGCUCUAUUUCCAAAGCGAGCUCGCGGACCUUCAAGCGCGCCAAGACCAGUACGACCGAGAAGACUUUAAAGCAUCAUGGGAGGCAAAGGAAGGCCGGCGGGACUGGGAGAAGUUCAGGAGCAGGGCAGACCCGAAAAGCGGCAGUGAUUUCUCACCGGAAGACCAAAAGCGGAUGGGCCUCGCUCUCGCGAUACGGAAGAAGUUGAGGGAGUACAAGGAGACUAUCAUGCUGGAUUCGGCCCUUCUCUCCAUGCCGAGGCCAUCGAAACGGACAUAUGAAGCAGUCCGGAAUCACUUUCAUGGAAUAAAAAACGGUUCCCCAGCGAGCGAAGCCGUCUCAGUCCUGCAAGGAAACAGCGAGGCACUCUACAACGACCGCGACGACCUCGUCGCUCUCGUCCGCCCCCCAGCCGAGGACCCUAUCUCAUCCUUUCUGCGAGAUCACUGCCCACUCCUCUUCCUAGACAGAGCACGCACAGCCAAGUCCACCACCAACAACUCAUCGGGCCUCGUCUACUCCUCCUCGACCCGAAUCGCAGUCGUCGCGGCAAUCCUAAACAUCCUCGUCGCCGCAGCGAUGCUAUUCGGACCUAUCUUCAACCUCUACUACGUGAAGGACCCCAAGAAGAGGCUUAGCAUGGUAGCGGCGUAUACUGUAGCGUUUGCGCUGUGCGUAGGGCUUCUGACGAACGCUAGCCGUGCAGAGAUUUUUGCUGCGUCGGCAGGGUAUGUGGCGGUUUUGGUUGUUUUUGUGAGUGGGGAUUUGCAGAGUUGAUGGGGGAUUACUGGGUUGGGAUUAAAUGGGUUAUUGGAGCUAUUGCCUAGUUGGAGGCGGGCAGGGAUAUCUCUCGAGUCGUCUGAUAUAAGGUUUUGAUACCUGGAUGGAUGUGGAUGUGGCCCUCGAUAGUAUUGUUACUUACUUCAUCUACCACCAUCCAACCCGAAUGACGGCAAUGUAUAGG